AUGCGAUAUAAGCUUCAAUUUGCAGGAAAGGACCAGUCAUCUGCUUGUUCGCCCCAAGAAAGUGAUGACAAGUCAUUGAACAAAAAUUGGAGCGAGCCAAUAUUCGACAAGAGUACAUUCGAGCGCAUGAAGGAGACUUUGAAAAUGGAACACAAGGUGAAUGAAGUGGUACUAGCGAUAAUCAAUUCCUCCACUGUCCUUCGAUGCAGGCCUGACAAGGACAUCUUGAGUUCAAACGAACAAAGCAACAUCCACUUUAUUUGGCGUCGUGGGGGAAGCGAGGAAUCUGAGGAGCGAAAAUAUCUCAUCUUCAACCACAGAAGAAUAAUCCAAGACGAACGCUACUACGUGGUGAUGGCUGAUCUCAAUGAAUUCAAAAUGGACUUAAAAAUUGACAAUGUGAAAUCGGAGGAUGAAGGCGAGUAUAUCUGCAUGUACAGAAGAGAUAAAGAAAAGAUGAUUCACGAGAAACAUAUUUAUCUAAAAAUGUUAGUGCCUUCAUUUAUCAAUCCCAAUGGAUCAUCAAACACCAAGGUUGUAGUUCGCGAGGGCCUGACACAAAAGUUGACCUGCAAUGUAGCUGGUGUUCCGACGCCCAGCAUUGAUUGGUACAUGAGUACCCCUGAUGGCAAAGAACGCAAGCUAAUUUCUGCAGUGGACCAGCCAAUUCGACCAGUAGUGAAAAUGGGCGCUCAAAUACUGCAUAGAAAGCCCUACCAAACCACAAUGCUAUUUGCUACCAUCAUCGGUAAUCCGAUCCACACUCUCUACUGGGAAUUCGACCACAAACCUAUCAUUAGUGUGAAUGGAGACUGCCGUACUGGAGAUAAAUACUGUGUAACAUCUGAUCGAGAGAUUUCAAAUCCAAUGACACUAAGGACAAGGCUGACCAUUUACAAUUUGACUCUGGAAGAUUAUGGAACAUAUAGUUGUGUGGUUCACUCACCUUUUGGUGCGGAACGCGGAUUCACGGAGCUCGUGCGAAAAAAGGAGAGACGCAUAGACACUGCGUCGUCCAUUGAAACUGAAUUCUUUCCGGAUUUAUGGAGCCCAUCUUUAUGGAGAAGUAGCCAACCGGAAUAUAUAACUCAAAAUAUCCACAGGACUACCUCCUUCAAAUCAAAAUUGGAGUAUUCUGAAAUCAUUUUGUGGAUUUCCAUCCUCUUAAAAAUCUAUUUAUUACAAUCUCUCUAA